UUCUUUUUUGGGGAGGGUGGAAAUAUAAUGAUGAGAUAGUUUAAUACCUUUUUAACAUUGCCCAAGUGGUGCGCAAAGACUGUAAAUGCAUUGGGUGUUAAGCUGCACUGUUUUCCAGCACAAAAUGUUGCUUUCUUUUUAUGAAAGUUAAGACAGUUUGGGAAAACACUUCAAGAAUUGAAUCGUCAAAGACCAACAAACUUUACCUUCAAGAGCAGACCUGUUUGAGGAUGCACUGGAUCACUGAGUUUCAAAUGCCUGGGAAAUUGAGGACCCCUGCUAACAUUUCACUGUGGAAGUACUAAUCGUGUUGGGAUUACUGCCAGCAUUGGAGUUUGUAGUGUUAGACUCGUUUUCAGUGGAUCCUCUAUAGACUGUCAGCUAUUCCUUUUGGUUUGUACACUGCACCAAGGGAUGACGCACCCUGUUCGCUGACCCUGAGCUGUCCCGCCCUACCCUCUGCCCUUGUCCGCGGGACCCAGUGACCAUGCUGACCGAGUGUCCAACACCAGAAAGAUCAGACCCCCGACCCACGCUCAGGCCUGCUGUUACCUCUGCAGCACCAUGUCUCAGGCAGUUACGGCUCCACUCGAGACUAACAGCUCACGGCCAGGAGAAGAGUCUGGGGUUCAGCUGAAAUGGGCUGCCUUGCUUAUUGUCAUGGUCAUCAUCCCCACUAUAGGAGGCAAUAUCCUGGUCAUUCUGGCUGUGUCCCUUGAGAGGAAGCUGCAGAACGCCACCAACUAUUUUCUGAUGUCACUUGCUGUGGCUGAUCUGCUGGUGGGACUCCUAGUGAUGCCCAUUGCCCUCGUCACUGUUCUCUACAACUCUGGCUGGCCUCUUCCGGAAUUCCUCUGCCCCAUUUGGCUCUUCCUCGAUGUGCUGUUUUCUACCGCAUCCAUCAUGCACCUAUGCGCCAUUUCACUGGAUCGCUACAUUGCCAUCAAGAAGCCAAUCCAACACAGCCAGUACAAAUCCAGAGCCAAAGCGAUUGUGAAGAUUGCACUGGUGUGGCUCAUAUCCAUUGGUAUCGCAAUCCCGAUUCCAAUUAAGGGGCUUAAGAACUACCAUUUUCCCAACAACAUCACCUUCAACAGUAACCACAUAUGCCUGCUGAAAACAGACACCUUCCGGGAGUUUAUCAUGUUUGGCUCCUUGGCUGCAUUCUUCAUCCCUUUGACCAUCAUGAUGGUCAUCUACCUGCUUACAGUCCAGGUCUUGCGUAAAAAGGUUUAUUUGCUCAGGUCAAAGGUGACUCAGCGCUUUAGCUACCCGACAGUCUCCACAGUUUUUCAAAGGGAACAGGGUGUGACCUCCCCUCAAGCUGAGGAACUGAACAUGCUAGACAGCAGACUUCCAAGGAUUCAAGAAAAACCAAAUGCAGGAACAAUAAACUCUGCUACAGGAGAACAAAUGUCCUUUCGCAGAAUGUCGACAAUGGGCAAGAAGUCAAUGCAGACUCUAAGCAAUGAGCAGCGUGCCUCAAAGGUGCUAGGCAUCGUCUUCCUUCUGUUCGUAGUGAUGUGGUGCCCUUUCUUCAUUACUAAUAUCACAUCUGUGCUAUGCACCAGCUGUGAUGUUAAUGUAAUCGCCCGCCUAAUGGAGAUCUUUGUUUGGGUUGGUUAUGUGUCAUCAGGUAUCAACCCACUGGUCUACACCCUAUUCAACAAAACUUUCAGGCAGGCGUUCACACGUUAUAUCACCUGUAAUUACAAAAACAUUGCUAAUCAUGGGUCAGAAAGGCACUCAAGGGCCUCAAAUGCAGAUCGGACCCUUACACGGAUUUCAUUCAGGUCUUCCAUGGCUGAAAACUCUAAAUUGUUCAUGAAACGGGGAAUGAAAAAUGGCAUUGGAGCAGUGAGCUGCCAAAGUCCACUAAGGUGCCGACAAGCACCUGUACAGUCAUCCAGUGGUGUUGUGUUAGACACAAUUCUUCUGACUGAAAAUGAAGCUGGUAAGCAGGGGGAACAUGUUAGCUGCGUGUAGAGCUACUUGAAAAAAAAUUAUCCAAUUAAAAAAGGGAGCACUUUAAUGGGGAUUAAUGGGGCAAAGUUUUUGUCUCUUUAAAGACAAAAUUGCUAACCUGCUGUUGCUCUCAAUUUGAUCAACAAAUCAUUUAAGGCCAGGACUUCCUGUACAUUACAUAACAACAGAAUGUAGCCUGUUGGUUUUUGAUGCUGUUGAUGUAUGUUUACAUCAGUAAUGUUUUUAUAACAAAAGAAAAACAGGGCAAUAUAUACAAGUAUGCCAUCUCGGAAAAACACACAAAAGGCUACUUUUCAUUCAUAAGUCAAACUCCUCCAUAUAUAUAUGUAUGAGUAAUAUUUUGACCAAAAAUAUUACUCUGGGCGUUUAAAAAUAGGCCACAUUGACACUGUGAAUU